AUGGGUCUAAGUACCCAGCUGUGGCGCGAAAGGCUGUCAGUUCCAUCUGGCCUGAUGUUACGUCCCGCCUCCCCGUGCCAGCCUGGCCAACCAGGAGCGGAGUGCCCCUUUCGGCUUGUCCAACCGGACGCGGAGCGCCAACAUUUAAAGAAGCUGGACCUUCACUCAAACUGGUUGCAGAUCCGACAGAGCACAGCGUGUGUUCUGACCUAUCACAGUUUGGAAUGCAACCUUAGUUACUGGGGCAAACCCGCCCCCAAGCUGCUCGUGUUUAUCACCUACCUGAAAAAGAUCGACUCAAGUCUAGUCUCAUCCCUAGUUUCGGUAGUAGCCUACGCCAUGUUACGCAAGGUGUGGCCUCCCGUGAUAGCCGUUGCUCGCUGCGUAAACGCAGCAGGGGUUUGGACUCAAACUGUGAGGGUGGUGGAGGAGAUGGAGGCAUAUCCGAACACAUCUGUCCUUCUGCGCUGUGAGUUUGUCAACGCCGGAAGCACCAAACUCACACAGGUUUCAUGGAUCUUUGAGCCCUCAGAAGGGGAGAGGGACAACAUAGCUGUCUAUCACCCCACCUAUGGUGAGAGCUUUCCAGAUUCACCCUUCAAAGGCCGGGUGAAAUUCUCAAGCGGCUCUUUGCAAAACCCCUCAAUCACGAUCGAGAAUCUGAGAAUGUCCGAUGCCGGAAAGUACAUCUGCGAGUACGCCACCUACCCAAGUGGAAACGAACAUGGCACCACCACUCUCAUCAUGCUGGCCAAACCCAGGAACUCUGCCAGCCCUGUUACCGUUCGUGCCGGUUCGUCUGCGGUUGUCGUUGCACGCUGUGAGGCGGCUCAGGGAAAACCAGCUGCAACUAUCACCUGGGUGAGCUCUGCAAACGGGAACUAUAACUCCACAUCCAAAGAGGAACCUGACGGAACAGUGACGGUGAAGAGCGAGUACCGGCUUGUGCCGACUCCAGCCGACAACGGGAGAGAGAUCAGCUGUGAGGUCACUCAACGCACCCAGGACAAACCUCAGAGUUUUCCCAUGAAGCUGACUGUAGAGUACCCCCCCUCUGUGAAAAUCGAGGGUUAUGAUGAAAACUGGUACAUGGGUCGGGCAGACGUUGCUCUGACAUGCCAGGCUGAUGCCAACCCUGUGCCCACCGCAUUCAGUUGGACAGUAGCCUCAGGGCCGAUGCCACCCACAGUACGGGUGGAGAAAGACAAACUGUACGUGAUGAAGGUGGAUGAAUCUGUGAACACCACCUUCGUGUGCGAGGUCAAAAAUAGUCUUGGCUCCAGCAAGAACCAGGUCACUGUCAUAGUCAUCGAGUCGAGCGAGGAUCCGUCCAAUUCCAGCGUGGUGGCUGGGGCCGUCCUGGGCAGCCUCUUGGCUGUCCUAUUGGUCAGCGCCUUGGUCGUUGUGCUGGUGAUGCGUAGCCGUCGGCAACAGCACGGUUACUCCAGCGACGGCGAGCAGGGCGUCUACGGGAACAAAGUCCGCCUCUUUGGGGGCAAGAAGACGAGUAAAAACGGCGCAGGGUCCAACAACAACGGGCCCAUUUACACGUACCGCGAGGGCGAGCCGGGGGCGCUGACGGAGAAGCCCAACGACUUCCACCACAUGAAUGCUGGCACUCCAGCCGCACGCGAGAUCUUGCUGAGCAGCGAGCUGGAUGAUGCCCACAGGAGGAAGUUCGACACCCUGAAUGACAGCGUGGAGGAAGAGGAAGAGAGAUACGACGGCUUCGACAACCUUCCGCCCCGUUACCACAUCCGCUCGCACGAGGAAGAGUGCGGCGUCUACCUCGACGAUGAUAUGGAGUCUCAGCGAGAUGGCUCUUUCAUCUCCCGAACGGCUAUCUACGUCUGA